GGGGGGGACUGACCAUUUGGACACUCGGGCACUGCCCGAGGGCCCGGGGUCAGUAGGGGGCCCCAUGAGAUGCCCCUGGUACCUUUUUCAUAGGCUUUUUUGAGUUUGGGCAAGGACAUAGGGGCCCCAUGAUCCUCUAUUGCCCAGGGGCCACAUGAGUUGUCAGUCCGCCCCUUGCCUCCUCAUCAGUGCCCAUCAGUGCCACCUAUCAGUGGUCAUCAAUGCAGCCUAUCAGUGUCCAUCAGUGCAGCCUAUCAGUGCCCAU